GCGCGCGUUGGAGUCGCGUCGUGAAGGAAGGAAGCCCUCACUCGAGGCCAUCACCUCGAGAGUAAAGACAAGGAAGAGCAUUCGGAUCAGACGGAUAGUUGGUACAAGAGCCGAAAAGAGUAUUCUUUCCGUGGUGCAUCUUUGACGUCGUGCCUCCCUCGUCAAGCCAAGAUGGCUUCGACCAGCGGAGCCCCGGUUCUGAUCCUCAUCCCGGUGGCUACGCCUGGCCGAACUGAGAUUCGUCGGGAGAUUGUGCUCAAAUAUGCUCAAAAGGUUGGACGUGCUGUGCCAAACAAGGCCAAGCCUGCCAAGGACAAUGCAGUAUUUGACAGCAAAGUUCUUUCGCGCAGUCAUGCUGAAAUCUGGGCCGAUGACAACAAGGUUUUCAUCAGGGACACCAAGAGUAGUAAUGGCACUUAUGUCAACGAUGAGCGCCUCAGCCCUGGUGGCAUGGAGUCAGCCCCGCGUCAGCUUAAAACCGGUGACAAGUUGAGGCUGGGUGUCGAUGUUGUCGAAAACAAUACUGCCGCCCACAAGUGUGUGGUUCUUGAAGUCGUGGUGAAAGGCGAUGACGCCUCAAUCUCGCGGCAACAGGUUUUGCAAGCCUUGCAAACUCCGAUUGAGGUUCUCGAAACCCUUGAUGCCCUGGAGCUGAUUGAACAGAUCAAGGCCAUGCAGGAAGCACAUGUUCAGCAGCAAACCCUUCUGAGCCAGCUGCAGGCCAAGGUACAAGCAGCCGAAGACGCGGAAUCAAGUAUUGCUGGCCGCCUCGCCACCUUGCAGAGCGAGUUUACGCAAAUGGCCAAGAUCGCAGCUACCUACUUCCAGGUCUGUGACCUUUUUUCGCCUUGCGAAGCGUGGGCGGCCUUUGAGGAAUCCCGAUUUCAAAUUUUGCCAAUUUCACUUUGUGCAAUUCCGAUCAAACGUCCUCUGGGGACGUGGAUGCAACAGAAACUUGUCGAUCAAGACCGGCUUGUGGCGCGCAUGGACCUGCUCAACGAGCAAAUCCAGUUUUAUCAAAAGCGGUGCCACGAUCUGGCAAACGAGCCCAAGACUGAAUCCGAGGUCAAACCGGUGCCCGACAUUAUGGAAAACGCCAACGAACGCGUUCAAAAGGCUCAACGUGCUGCUCAGGAAGCUAUGAACAUGAGAAACUCGUGCAUGACCAUGCUUGACGCCUGCAAGGCUCAACUGCAACACGCCGAGACGGAAGUGGAGACAGAGAAACGCAAGGCCCAGGAUGCUGAGAAGAAAUUUCGCGGAGAGCGCAAUGAGUUGCUCAGCCAGAUUGAGAAACUCCGCACAACAUUUUCCACCCUAGAAAAAGCCACCGUCACUCCAGAGCAGUUGGAGGCACUCCGGCAGGCCCUCGGUGAUGCUCAGUAUGCGCAAGAGGAGGAAAGGGAUGAAGCUGAGCUACAGACCAAUGUCCUGCAGCAAGAAAUCGACACGCUAAAGGCUUCCCUUGAGAAGGAUCAUAGCGAGAAAGACCAACUGCACACGGAUCUGCAAGCCUCACAGGAUGCAAGCAAGCAAAUGCAUGAAGAGCUGGACUUUCUGCGUGCCAGUCAAGUUUCCCUUCAACGCCAGCAAGAAGAGUCAUCGACAAAGGUUGACGAGAUGCUUGUUCAAGAACAGCGGCUUCGGGAGCAGUUACAGGCCACAAACGAUGCUCACUCCAAGCAAAGUCGCAUGCUUGGCCGCAUGCAAGAGAAGGUCACGCUUUACAUGCGCGCUGCCAUUGGCAGUGGCGCGUUGGCCUUGAUCUCUAUUGUCUGGGCUCUCUAUGCGAGCCUGCCCAGCGGUGAGCCCAUCGAACCGCUGUAAGGUCUUGAAUCACAAUACCAUGUCGGACAUGGGGUGCCACCCACACUCUGGUUAGAGUGCGUCUCGUUUAAUUGACAAAGCUUCUGGCU